AUCACGAAGGCAAAGUUCCACUUCCUCCUCCACCUUCCAGCUUUCAUACAGCACUUUGGGCUGGCGAUUCUGUUCUCAACUGAGCGCUUCGAGUCAUUUAACCAUAUUUUCCAUCUAUCAUCAAUCUACAGCAACCGUCAAGCUCCCAGUUGUGAUACUUGUCAUACCUUUGGUGGCUUUGAUGUUGUCAAGCACAUCAUAACUGGAGGUUUC